CGAACGAAAUCCGAAAUUAGCCGAACGAACGAGCCAGCGUAAAGUCUGUGAAGUCCAAAGAAACUAAAAAUUUGUCGUUCACUUUAUUGAUGUAAAUUUUAAAAAACUAACAAAAUGAUCUUGUAAAACCAUAUUAGUACCGUUUUAUUAUAAUCUUAACUCUAUAAUAGUGACACAGAUUAGACUAUUGAAUCCCUAACUUUGUAUUCCGUCGGCAAAGUGAGAGAGUUCAGUGCGAGUGCAAGCAAGGGUGGUAACGAGAAAUGUGAAGUAGUAUCUAUGAAGUUCAGGAUUCGGCCGUUUAUUUUAUACCUAUAAUAAUGAGCGGACGCCCUAGGACCACGUCAUUCGCCGAGGGCAGCAAAUCCGUUCGAAAGACAUUCGAUAAUCAACCACCGAAACCAACUCUAGGAGGCGUAAAAAUUAGCAGCAAGGACGGCUCGAAGGUGACGACUGUGGUAGCGACGCCGGGGCAAGGCCCCGACAGGCCGCAGGAGGUGAGCUAUGCGGACAUGAAGCUCAUCGGCAACGGCAGCUUCGGCGUCGUCUACCAGGCCAAACUAUGCGACACCGGCGAGCUCAUUGCCAUCAAGAAAGUGCUCCAGGACAAAAGGUUUAAGAAUCGAGAACUGCAAAUCAUGCGACGGCUGGAGCACUGUAAUAUUGUCAAAUUGAAAUACUUCUUUUACUCAAGCGGAGAAAAGGUGGCAGUGCCCGAAGCGGUUAGCUCUCUGCUAAAUGCAAUGCAGUCUCUAGAAGUCGCAAAAGACGAAGUGUACCUGAAUUUGGUGCUGGAGUAUAUACCAGAGACUGUGUAUAAAGUUGCGCGUCACUACUCCAAAGAUGAACAAACCAUACCAAUUAGUUUUAUAAAGCUAUACAUGUACCAGUUGUUCAGAAGCCUGGCGUAUAUCCACUCGCUGGGCAUCUGUCACCGGGACAUCAAGCCUCAGAAUCUGUUGCUGGACCCCAAGACAGGGGUACUGAAGCUGUGCGACUUUGGUUCGGCGAAGCACCUCGUGCGCGGCGAACCGAAUGUUUCCUACAUCUGCUCGCGGUACUACCGCGCGCCAGAACUCAUCUUUGGAGCAAUAGAUUACACUACGAAAAUUGAUGUAUGGAGCGCAGGCUGCGUGGUAGCGGAAUUGCUUCUGGGCCAGCCGAUAUUUCCCGGUGACUCGGGCGUUGACCAGCUCGUCGAAAUCAUCAAGGUCUUAGGAACUCCGACUCGAGAACAGAUACGCGAAAUGAAUCCCAACUACACAGAGUUCAAGUUUCCACAGAUCAAAAGUCAUCCCUGGGCAAAGGUGUUCCGCGCGUGCACGCCGCCGGACGCCAUCUCGCUGGUGUCGCGCCUGCUGGAGUACACGCCGGGCACGCGCCUGUCGCCGCUGCAGGCGUGCGCGCACAGCUUCUUCGACGAGCUGCGCGAGCCCAGCGCGCACCUGCCCAACGGCCGCCCGCUGCCGCCGCUGUUCAACUUCACGGAGUACGAGCUGGGCAUCCAGCCCUCGCUCAACGACUUCCUCAAGCCGCGCGCCGCGCCGCCGCCCGACCAGGCGCCCGCCGCCGCCGCGCCCGCCGCUUCGCAGGAUCACGACGCGCAAGGUGAGAACUCAGCGAGCGGACCGAGCGGCGGCUCCCCGGGCGCGUCGUAGAUGGACACGCAGCCGCCGCCGACCGCGCCGCCGUCGGCCUCCGCCCGACCGGACGCGCGCACCCGUCGGACGAGCGCCGACCGAGCGGACCGAGCCUGCGGUCGGAGGCGUCGCGCAUGAUUUUGGUUUUCGACGAGGAUUCCUAGUGGGCGCUGUUGAAUUUAUAUUUUUUUUUUAUAGAAUGUUAAUUUUGUACGGCGGCCGCGCCCACCGCGUCGGCCGCUUCCGGCAUCAAGGCGCUCGCCGCUCUCGCGCCGAGAGUCGGUCGUAUGCUAUUUUAUAGUGAUAGUACUUUUCGUGUUGGCCAUCGGGAAAAUUAUGCAUAAUAGGUGUUCUCCGGCGAGUGAUCUGGUGAUACAGUAGUGUAAUUCGUCGGUAAAAGCUUGAGCUGUUGUAGUCGGUGGGGAGGGUAGAUCCGAUGUAGUCUCGGCCGUCGCGAUGUGAUUCCUUUGUACUUUUGUAAGCUCAAACCCUCGAUCGUGUACAUACCUCACUGCUGUGUUGUAGCUCGCGGUGAACGCGACCGUUUGUCUAAUAUUGUAUUUUUUUUCUUUUUUACCUUGUAUAUCCUGAUGUAUUUGUAAAACGGUGUAUGAUCCACGGAGAGUAUUCGCACGCUCUAACGUGAAUCACUAUUAAGAUGGCGGAUCGCAACUGCUUGGCCGAUAAUCAGUAGGAAGUUCAGUAGCGCAUAGAAUACGCGACGGAGGCGAUCCGACACGCGACGGAGGCGAUCCGACACGCGACGCCGCAUCCACGACGAUCGCAGAACGCAUUUUGUUGCAUGAAUAACGAGCAUACUUGUAAAUUUUUAUAACUAGCGUAAACUGAUCUCUCAAGAUAAUUUUAAUAUUUAAUGAUAUUUCAGAAUAUUAUGUAUUUGUAUAAACAAUUCAAAGGGAUACAAAUUUUAGAUUUACUACACUAUAUAAAUAUUUGUUUACUCCGGCAACUUAACAUUAGUUAUUUUUUUAUUGCAAUGUAUGUAAUUCUUAUUCAGCGCUGAAUAAAUGUAAUGUAUUAGCACUGUCUGUGUCCUAUUGUAAUGUCAUAGUUUUUUCUAUAAUAUUGUAUUCUAUAUUCUAUAAAUGAUAUUUCUGCUAUGUAAAAAUUGUCAUUGAGAACACAUAAAUAGUAGUCAUUUAUGAAAACUAUAAUAUUAAAAAGUAAUAAUUAAAUUCAUCGUCAUAGUUUUAAGUAUUUUGAGCAAUUUUUUUUUGCACUCGGCGUUGCCGUAAAGUUAUAAGGAGAAGGUAUCGAGCCUCUAAAUAUAGAUUAACAAAAAAAUUGUUUUAUUCAUGGUUUUUAGAUGUAGCCUUAACGCGUAAUCUUCGGUGUAAAAACGUUGGCAUCGUAUCUUUUAAUAGAGCACCACUUGCACAUAUUAGGGCGCAGGAAACUAUUAUUACUGAAAAUUUGCAGGAACUGCCGCGUGCAGAGUAUGUCACAACCACAUGUAUAUGUCAUCCAUCACUAUAGUGCGACAUAAAAGAGUAGAAGUUAACAAAAAUGGAAUUAAUAAAUUCGCUGUGUGGCAACACCACACUUAUUGUCAUUUUCACAAAGAUCUGUCAUUAUAGUGCAACCUAUUAUUAAUAAUAAUAGUUUUAUCAGAUUAUUAUAAUCAUAGUGGAAAUUCGGCUAAUUACCAGACGAAUUACAGUAAAUAUUAUUUAUUUAGUUGAGAUUUACUUUCUUUUAAAUCCAAUAAACGUAAAUCAUGAAAUCUUAGUACCAAUAACAUAGCUCGGGGCUAGAUAGUGAUGUAAGUAUUUUUCAAAUAUAUUUAUUUGUAUUACUUAGUAAUAUUUCUUUUAAACAGAUUAUCUUAUUUAAGAUAGACUAUCAAUCUCAAAACAAAAUAUCAAUCAUUAUCAAGUAUCAAGGUAGUUACAGUCCUAAGUGGAUGACAGAACACAGGGUUACCAUAACAACAAAAAUAAGUGACUACAGCGCCCUCUUUAUUUUCUACGCUUUUGUGUCGCACUGUACACCAUUGGCUAUAGGCGGGACGUGUCGUGUCGUGACGCAUUUGAACAGAAUCGGUAGCAUACAUUUUGUAUGCCAUCACGACGUGUCACAACACAUAAGUGUAAACGUUGCCAUAUAAAAUAUAUGAUAUCGAUUCUGUUCUGAUGCGUCAGACAAAUAUAAAUCCGACUUAUGUCUAUGGAGUGAAUUUACCACAGUCCACAUCUCAUUGUACCACUAGUGCCAAGCUAACACUAAAUAGUUCAUCUGAUAACUGUAACACAUCUGACCGUUCAACGUAUAUAUUAUACGCCCUACAUAAUAUAUGUAAUUACUUAUAAAAUUUUUAGUAUGUUAAGAGAUAUAACGCGCUCGGCGCACGAUUUCAAAUCACACAUAGUGGAGCUUAGUUGUCGUCCCCGCGGCUAUUCCUUUGCUGACACCUUUAUAAUUCGUGUAAAUAUUAUAAUAAUAAUAAUUAUUAUCUUUAUGGUAUGACUCUGAGUAACGUUAGUCGGUAGUGGAGUCUGCUUGCUGGUCGGUCCAGUAAGGUAUUACGAUAGUUUAGAUAUGCAUAUUUUAUUAAGUCUUAUCUAAUAUGAAUUUUGUAAUCGACGUUGCUUCUAAAGUCCCUCUGUGUAAAAAGUUAAGACAUACUAGUGACCUGAAUGUUUGAAGCGAUGUUAUGGAACGUAUAGAUCCCACUGAAUUCUCACAUUCAUGUGCACAUUUAACCACGAUAGAGUUUACCGCAUCCAUUACUUUGAAAUGGGGUUGACUUAUAUAAAUUAUUUAAAAUAAAAAAGAGUUUUCUUAUUGCUAGUACUGUAAUAUUAAAUUUAAUAGUGAGUGAAAUUUGUAUUUUGUUUUAAUUUGUUUUACUGAAUUUGAUUACAUCAUAACACCCAUAUCGUUGUUAGUUAUGAAUGAAAAUAACAUAAUUAUAAAAGUAAAUAUUAAAUGAAUAGUAA